AUGUCUUCGUCCGAGUAUUACCCUGGUUACUUUGUUGACCGGACCUGGACACGCAGGUUCCUAAAAAAAGCAGAAGACCUCAGACCAGAAGAACUUGAGGAUUUAAAGGCCAAGGUGGAUCUUGAACAUUCAGGCAAAGGGUUACAGACCUAUUGGGAGGGUGUGAUCCAUAAACGGAAGAAGUUGGAAGUGAAAUGCACUCACAUUCUUGGAAGCCUUAGUCUUUUAAAUGAAGCUGGAAAAUAUAAUGUUGAAGAUCUCUUAUCAGAAGGAUUCUCGAACUCUUUACCCAUUGAUGCAUCGUCCACGUCCAAACACACUUUAGAUAGCACAAUACCAGCUUCUUUCGAGAGAACUAAGAAGAUCAGAAACGAUGAGUCGGGACAGGGAGAGGUGCAGAUGAGCGUUUUUAUUGCUAAAAGUUGUGAAUCAGAAUACAAACAAACAAAACGAGUUCAUUUUCAUGAAGAACGGUCUAAAUCACAGAAAAAGAAAUCAUUUUCAAGAAAAAAAACUCCUUCAAAUGAUAAUGAUGAAGAUGAAGAAGCCUUACCCCCAGAAGACUCGCUUACUUUUGCCCUUAACAGUUCAAAAAUUUGGACUUUGCCUUCGGGCCAGAAUGUUGGUGACAUAUACGCUAAAAAGAUAUCAGAAAACGCACGCGCAAUCAAAAACAAAAAGAGAUUAACAGCCACUGAAAAGGCAAUAUUGCGCUAUGGUGCAUCAAGAUUGAUUGACUUAUCCACACAUAUGAACAAAUGGUUUUGCGAUAAUGAUAAAAAGUUCAUUAAGAAAAAUUUUGAGUCUAUAUUACAAGUUCCCGAAUUGAUAGGUGAAGAAAACUCAUUUGUUUUAAAAGUCGAGGAUGUAUGA